AGCGCAAGACGACGCUACAAGAACAUACUGACGAUACUGUAUCCAACAUAUGGCACAACUGGCCGGUCCACCCGGUACAAGUCCACUCGUACCACACAACCAAACCGCUCUCACAGACACGCCACCGACACGCGACGAACAGGUCUUGAAAUCAGGCGCACUGAGUAAACGUGCGGCACAUACACGGACCUGGCAAAAACGAUGGUUUGUAUUACGCCCGUAUGGACUUGCCUACUAUAAAAACAGUGAUGAGUAUGAAACACGAAAAGUCAUGUCAUUGGAUAACAUCUCUGGUGUCGCUGUGUGUGGUGCAGGGAUGAGUGUGUCACCGACGAAAUCGAAACGUGGACGACCGUUGUUGACGCUGUAUAUACGGUCUCGACGGUUGGAAUUGUUGGCGGAGUCGGAGGAGGAAGCGGAGGGUUGGGCGGUUGCGUUGAAGCGUGCAUUAGCGGCGCAUAACACGACUCAACUGCCAUCACCAACGAAGGCGACAGAUGCUGGUUUAUACUGCCUCUCAGAGACGGAAGAUGAAGCGAUACCCAUGGCGGAAGCAGAAAAGGUGAUUAUGCAAGGCUAUCUAACACAUCUACAGCACUACAAUCAUCAUCAUGCAGCAAGUACGGUUGAUCGGUCUAGCAGGAGUACGUUGAGUCAUUUGGCACAAUACGUGAAGCACCCUAUGCAUAGUGCUCAUCGAUCGCGUUCAGCGUCUGCCGCACGACAUCAUCAAGCGCGUCGUAUGCGUGGUCGACGGUACUGGUGUGUGCUGCGUAGUCACUCUGGGUUAUUCCUGUAUGCGGAUGCUGGUGAGUAUGAAGUGGUGGAUAUUAUACCGUUGGUGGAGAUGUUGGAUUGGAUGGAUUUGGAGUUACCUGAACAUGAAGCCUUGCGACAAACAGUGACGAGUGGGAGUCAUGAGAGUGAGGGGGAGUGCGGCGGGUUGUUUGUGCUGCAACUCAUCUUACGGGAGGAGAGUCGGAUCUUUGGUGCAGUGAGUGAGCAAGCGUUGGAUGAGUGGUUGGGUGCCCUGCAGUCGCGCAUUGAGUGGCAGCGAUCACGGCAAGCGUCUGUGGUAGAGCAGGAGACGGUGGUUGUGACGACGCCAUAGCAGUUCAGUGCGUAUGCCUUGCAUGCUCAGCAGUGGUCAAGGAUGCAUCUGGCUGCUGGAAACUGGCAGACUGAGCAGCGGCACCUGUUUGGAGACCGAGUCUCUUGAGGCGUCUAGAGAUGGACGAGACGGAGACGUCUACAUUGCAGCGUUCUCUGAGGAUAUGACGGAGCUCCUUGAGACUUGUCCAUGGACUGUGUGUCAUGGUCUCUCGGAUCACGACAUCUGCGUCUGCAUUGAGCUUGAGGGGUCGUCCAUUGGGCAGGAUGGGCCUGUCCCUUGCACCUGUAUGGUUUCUGAGGUUGCGCAAGACACGGAAGUAGGUUGUGCGUGAGAUGCCUGCGUUCUUUGUGGCUUCGGGUAUGUCACUGGGGGACUGGUUGAUGCGUGCUGGGAUGGCUUGUGAGAGUGCAGGUGAGGGGGAGCGUUGUUGGCUGUGUGUGUUUG